AUGUCCUGUUAUUUUGUUUCUGCAAACUCAAAGCUGCAGCAUCAGCAGGAAUCCGCCAAACUGAAAAAACUCAUAAAGACUACGGAGAGAACUACAGCUGAAAAAUGAGUGCCUCUAAAAGUCAAAGCAAUUUUGAGUCCAAGCUGAAGGAUCUGCAGUGCCACUUCACCUGGGCUCUCGACCUCGAGAAGUCCCAACUUUUACAUUUAAAGGACAAGCUUGAGGACAUCGGCACCGAGAAGGGAAAUCGAUGGCUGGGCCACAUUUACAACCUGCGGGGGUUUAUUGAGCAUAAGCUGGGGUUAAAUGAAGAGGCUAAGAGUUUGUUUCAGAAGGCUACGGAGGCACUCAAUGAGCUGAGAAAGGCAGAUGAGGGUCCUUGGUUAGUGGUGAACUACGGGAACCUGGCCUGGCUGCACCACCACCUGGGAGAUCAAGCGGAGAGUCAGGCUUACCUGUCAAAGGUUGAUGCCCUGAUGGAAAAAUACCCAUCUCCAUCCCAGGGCGAGCUCCAUCCAGAGAUCUGCGCUGAAAGGGCCUGGACGCUGAUCAAAUUUGGUAAAAAGGUACAGCCGCAAGCUGCAGAUCUCUUCGAGAAAGCCAUCAGGAUGCAGCCGGACAGGGUGGAGUGGAACGCCAGCUAUGUCUUAGGUUUAGCGCGUGCCAGUAAGUACAGCGAAAGCGGGGUAGACGCUAGCUCCCUGAAGAAAAUGGAACGCGCAAAGAAUCAGAAUCCAAAUAACUUGUACCUCGCUGCUGUCUACCUUACACAACUUGCCAAGAAAGGACAAAAAGUUGAGGAUGAAGCACAGAAGUUGGCAAGUCAGAUCUUGAGAAAUCCCGUCAGCAGCUACAGCGGUAUAAAGCCAUUACUGAGACUUUACACAUACUACAUAUCUGUAGAUGAGGCCAUUGAUUUGGCAGAGGAUGCUCUGAAAAAACAUCCAGAUGAGCGUUAUCUUACGAGGUGUGUUGCGCUCUGCUACAAGUGGAAGAUCUUGUUUUUUUUCAGAAAGAGUCGCCCAAGGCCAGGCAUGACAGAGAGGGCAAUCAGUCUCCAUAGAGAGGUUAUUUCUCUUUACCCUAACUCUUCAUUCAUCAAGAAAAUUGAUCUUGCAAGUGUGUACGCAAAGUCAGACAAGACUAAAGCCGAGGAGAUAUUCCAGAAACUGCUCCGAAGGGAUUUGGAGCCUGCAGACAAACAGGUGCUUUACAACCGAUUUGCAAAGCACUUAUACUGUGAUAAACAGGAUCACCAAGGGGCAAUGCAGUUCCACAUGAGGGCUGCUUCGAUAACAGUCGAGUCCUUCUUCCGUGACGACAGCAUCAAAGCUCUGAGGAGAACAAAAGACACAACAAAGUGGAACCGAAAGAGUAAAGAAAUAGAAGAGUUUCUAGCUAAGCUGAAACUGUAGUGUCCUCCAGAAAAAUGGAGGUAGUGUAUCACCUAAAAAAAGAUCAGGAGCACUCGCAAAAAUGAAGCUGAGGUGGUUUAUGAAAAUCAUACAAUGAUUUCAAACGGUGAAGUUUUACAGCAGCCUCGAUUAGUUUCAGUGUAAUUAAGAUUUCUUUGCAGGGAACGCUAAAAUAAGAUAUAUUUUUUUUAAGUUUACAAAUCGAUCAAUGUUUGACAAAUUCAUACCGACAUGUAACAGGAGUCCCUGCUGGCUGUGUUUUUGUCGGCGCCGUGUAAACAUGGACGGGACAGCCUUGAAUGUCAUGCAAGAGUUUUUAGAUUACGGUCAUUCCGUGUCAAUUAACAUGCAGUGUGAAGGUACGAACUAACUAAAGAGCGCUAACAUUAGCAUGCUAA